AUGCGGCACCACUUGAGCGAGUGCGAGCGACGUCGUCCUCCCGCUUGCGACGCCCACCAAGUCACGCUCGUUCGCCUCACUCGCCCAUCGCUGGUCUGCCCGCUCGAAGCCACCGAACGACAGCACUGCCAGCACAGGUCACCCUCGAGCCACUCAGACCCCGCCCCACAGCCCACCAUUCCCGCUCAGGCGACUGCCACACCCGUCAACUCGCACCCCAUUUUGACAGGCCACAACCAGCUCGCCGCCGCGCCGGCACGCAUCUCGAGGGCCUUUCGGGAGAGACAUGACUCGCCCAAGGGCGAAGUCAUCACCACCCGCGCCCAAGCGGGCCUGCUGAUCCGCCACGACCAGCAACAGCAGCAGCGUCCGGCGUCGCCGCUCUUUGGCGCGUCGCCGUUCGUCGCGGCGGAUGGAGGAGCGGCCGCCGACUCGCUCGCAGAGUUGGACGCCCUCUUCGCUUCCUCCCAGCAGUGGGACACCUGCGCUGCGAACGGUCUCAACGAGUUCCUCGCCGAAGACCUGUUCAACUUUGGCACCGACAACUCGGCCGUCCAACUCAACCCUUCGCAGCAGCAGCAGUCGUCCACCCCGAACCCCGGCCCUCCCCUCAUCCCUCUUGACACCCGUCCUAGGCCGACUGCCGCCCCUUCGCUCGGCCAGUCCCUCUCUUUCCCCGACAUCAACUCGUCGACGUCCUUCUCCGAGCCGCAGGCCCGCGCGUUCCAACUCGACGCGAGCCUCCAGUCGCCGCUGUUCGACAACUCGCCGUACGGCGGCAGCGAGCUCGACGGGUUCAACUUUGUCGCGCCCGACUUUUCGCCCGCCUGGUCCGAUGCGUCGCCCCAGCUCUUCGAGGGCAGCGCCAGUCCGGAACUCGGCUUGCUCGACUUGUCGUUCGCGAACGCCUCGCUCUUUGGCGGCGCUGGAUCCAGCAGCGUCGCUCCGCCCGUCGUCAACCCGCCUACGCCCGUCUACUCUCCCGUGAUCCCGGCGACCCAGCUCGAAGACAUCCAAGUCUCGCCGCCGACCAUGCUCCCGCCUCCCCUCGCCUCCGCACCAACUGCGACUCCACUCGUCCUCCCCGCUCUUCCCGCCCCCGCCCCUGCCCCCGCAGAAGAGUCAACCCCGGAGGAAGCCGAAGUGGAGGACGACUCGCACGACGCGGACUACAACCCUCGCUCGUCGUCCGCCGGUCCGACCCGCACCGUCCCUCGCCGCUCGACCACCUCGACCUACGCGACGCGCGACCGCACGCGCAAAGCGACGUCCCCGAUCCCUCUCAAGCUCCCGGGCGUGGGCGUCCAACGCAUCGCGCUCGACGCGCCGAUCCAGAAGCGCAAGUACACGGUCGACUCUCGCACGAGCGAGAAGAAGGUCCCCAAGUCGCUUCAGCGCCGGAUCGAGCGCGCGAGGAAGAGGGGCGAGGAGGUCCCGACGGAGGAGGAGGCGGCUGCUGAGGCUGCGCGGAGGAGGGAGCAGAAUACGAGGGCGGCGAGGGAGAGUCGGGCGAAGAAGGCGCAGGCGUUUGAGGAUCUCAAGGCGAGGGUUGGAGAGCUCGAGGGCGUGUUGGAGGAGAGGGAUGAGGUGAUUAGGGUGCAGGCGGAGGAGAUUAGGGAGUUGAAGAGGAGGCUGGGGGAGUGUGAGGCCGGAGACGCGGGCACGAGGAAGAGGGUCAAGUACGAGGAGUGA